AUGAAAAAGAAAAAUCUCAAAACCCCAAUAAGCCUGUAGUGUGCCUAUUAGAAGUAUAAACCUUAUCAUCUACUCUAUCUCCAAAUCCGUCUUGGUUCUCUUCAUAGAGAACUCUACUUCCCCUUCUCUAUCCUUCACAGUUGAGAAGCAAGAGUUGUUGUUCUUGUUGUUGUUGGCUUCAUGGAUUCUGAAGAAGCGACGUCAUUUCCUCCUCUUGCUGCUACUGCCACUUCUCCAGGUUCUUCUACCAUCAACAAUUCUACUUCUUCUUCUAUUGAUACUCAAAUUGAAAAUGUCUCCAAAAUUAAUCUUGAAAGUAACGAUUCCGAUAUUGAUAGUAAUAAAAUGAAUGAGGGUAAUGGUGUUGAUGGUGUUUCGGAUGUUGGAAAAAUUGUGAGUGGUCAGCAAGAAAAGCCAGUUCUUGGUGACCCAGAUGAGGGAAUUCUUGAAAAGUCUAUUGGUGGGUAUGAGAAAUCGAAUGAUCCCUUUGUGGGUUCUGCGGAUGUUUCGAUGUUGAGCUCAGAGAAACCUGUUUCUGAGGUUUCAAUGAAUGAGGGUGCUGAGAAAAUUGAGAUUUUUGGGGAAGGAACGGGUGAAAGGGUUAUCUUGAAUGAGGAUUCUGGUGGGGUUGGUGUAGAUGUUAGUGGUUCUGUUCCUGUUAUUGGGAAUAGUUCUACUGAAAAUCCGGGGAUGGGGAUUCAGGGUUCUGAAGGAAAUACUGAAGAAUUUGACUCAGUUGACAAGUCGAAUUCGAUUGAGCCGGUGAAAGAAAGUGGUGAUGAGGUUGCAUUAGGUGCAGAACUGAAAGGGGAGGUGAAGGGGAUUGUGGAGAAUGAAAAGGUAGAUUUGAAAGAGGGUGAGGAUAGGUCUACGACUCAGGAGGAGGUGAAGGAGACUGUGGAGAAUGAAGAGAAUGAAACUUUAACUAGUGUUGCUGCUUCAUCUGAUUUGAAGGAGGCUGAGGAACCUACCUCGGUCAUUGAAGAGAAAGUCAUAAAUAGUGAUGAUGCCGAAAAAUCCAAUAAGGCGGUAGCUGAGCAGUCAGAGUCUUUGUUGGUUGAAGCAGAUGGUGACAAAUUUACUUCGAAAGGAGAUGCAGUUGUAGAUGCUAUUGAGGUUAAUGUAUCAGGGCCUGGGGUUGCUGUUGUUGGAGAUGUGGAAGAGAGUAAGGAAAUGGAAGAACGUGUUGAAGGUACUACUGAUAAGAAUGUGACAUCAGUAAAUGGUGUUGGUGAGCGCAGAGAACUUAUUGAAGAAGUGGGUAAUAUGACAGUUGAUGAAGUAGAUGCACAGGAAUCUAAACCUGUGGUAGAUGAUUUUGUUGCAGCUUCUGAAUCAAAGCAUGUGUAUGACAUUGUUGAUGCUGGAAGUGAUGGAAAACUAGAUUCUGGAGACGUCCAAACUGGUGAUGUGGUAGCUGCUACUGAAGAAAUCAAAGAAGCUGAUUCUGAAACUGUUCAAAAAAGGCUUGACGUGAAGGAUGUUGAAGUGGAACCUGAGCAGGCAGCGUCUGAAACAAUAUAUGCCAAUGGUGACCAUUCUGGAGAAAGCAUCAAAGGAGAUGUAGUGGAAGCUGAAGUCUCUGGUCAAACAUCUGCAGUACCAAGGUCAAUCACUGGCUCAGAGCAAGAUGGAGAAGCUAAAGAUCAUAUAGAUGAAGAGGCUGACCUUGAAGGCUCAGUUUCAGAUGGAGAGACAGACGGUAUGAUUUUUGGAAGCUCUGAAGCUGCCAAACAGUUUAUUGAGGAGCUGGAAAGGGAAUCUGGCGGUGUCUCCUAUGCUGGUGCUGAGUCUUCACAGGAAAUGGAUGGUCAGAUAGUCACCGACUCAGACGAGGAGGCUGAUACAGACGAAGAAGGAGAUGGGAAGGAGUUGUUUGAUUCAGCUGCCUUAGCUGCCCUUCUAAAAGCAGCAACAGGUAGUGAUUCUGAUGGUGGCAGCAUAACAAUCACAUCUCAAGAUGGAUCAAGACUAUUCUCUGUUGAACGUCCUGCUGGUCUUGGGUCAUCACUCCGGUCACUGAGGCCAGCUCCCCGACCAACCCAACCCAAUCUUUAUACUCAUUCCAGUCUUCAGAACAGUGGAGAAUCUGAGAGCAACUUGAGUGAAGAAGAUAAGAAGAAACUGGAGAAACUACAGCAGAUUAGGGUCAAGUUCUUGAGGCUUAUUGACAGGUUGGGGCUUUCUUCUGAUGAACCCAUAGCUGCACAAGUUUUGUACCGGAUGGCACUUAUUGCACGAAGGCAAAACAGUCCACUUUUUAACAUGGAGGCUGCCAAGAUGAGAGCUCGCCAGCUUGAAGAAGAGGGGAAAGCUGAUCUGGACUUCUUUGUGAAUAUCCUGGUUAUUGGAAAAUCUGGGGUGGGUAAGAGCGCUACCAUAAACUCAAUCUUUGGAGAGGAAAAAACAUCAAUUGAUGCCUUUGGACCUGCUACCACAAGUGUGAAAGAGAUUAGUGCUGUUGUAGAUGGUGUAAAGAUUCGAGUUUUUGAUACACCUGGUCUCAGGUCCUCUGUGAUGGAACAGGGUUUCAAUCGUAGUGUCUUGUCUUCAGUAAAGAAGUUUACUAAGAAGAACCCCCCUGAUAUUUACCUCUAUGUUGAUCGGCUGGAUGCCCAAACUAGAGAUCUCAAUGAUCUUCCAAUGCUGAAGACUAUUACAAGUUGUCUUGGCCCUUCAAUAUGGCGAAAUGCGAUAGUCACCCUCACGCAUGGAGCUUCUGCACCUCCGGAUGGACCUUCUGGAUCCCCUUUAAGUUAUGAUGUGUUUGUUACUCAAAGAUCUCAUGUUGUUCAGCAGUCUAUUGGGCAAGCAGUAGGAGAUUUACGAAUGAUGAGUCCAAGUUUGAUGAAUCCUGUCUCUCUGGUAGAAAACCAUCCAUCUUGUAGGAAGAAUAGGGAUGGCCAGAAGAUACUACCUAAUGGCCAGAGCUGGAGACCUCAAUUACUGCUAUUAUGCUACUCAAUGAAGAUCUUAUCCGAAGCAAGUGCACUUUCAAAGCCUGAAGAUCCAUUUGAUCACCGUAAGCUCUUUGGUUUCCGCACACGCUCACCACCUCUUCCCUACAUGCUUUCUUCAAUGUUACAGUCACGUGCGCAUCCAAAGCUUUCUGCUGAGCAGGGUGGUGAUAAUGGUGAUUCAGACAUUGAUUUGGAUGAUUUGUCAGACUCUGACCAUGAAGAAGAAGAUGAGUAUGACCAGCUUCCUCCCUUUAAGCCUCUUCGGAAGAUUCAGCUUGCUAAGCUCAGCAAAGAACAGAGGAAGGCGUAUUUUGAAGAGUACGACUAUAGGGUCAAGCUCCUCCAGAAGAAACAAUUUAGGGAGGAAUUAAGAAGAAUGAAAGAAAUGAAAAGCAAGGGAAAAGUGGCGGAAAUGGAAUAUGGUUAUGGAGAGGAAGAAGCUGAUGCAGGUGCAGCAGCUCCUGUAGCAGUUCCCCUACCAGACAUGGCCCUCCCACCUUCGUUUGACAGUGAUAAUCCUGCUUACAGGUACCGAUUUUUGGAGCCCACGUCACAGUUUCUUGCAAGGCCUGUUCUGGACACGCAUGGUUGGGAUCAUGAUUGUGGUUAUGAUGGUGUUAAUGUGGAACAGAGUUUAGCCAUUGCAAGUCGUUUCCCUGCUGCAGUUACUGUGCAAAUCACCAAAGAUAAGAAGGAUUUCAGUAUCAAUUUGGACUCUUCUGUCGCUGCUAAGCACGGAGAUAAUGGAUCAAGCAUGGCUGGCUUUGAUAUUCAAAGCAUAGGAAAGCAACUUGCCUACAUUGUCCGAGGAGAAACAAAAUUCAAGAACUUGAAGAAGAACAAAACUGCUUGCGGAAUUUCUGUUACAUUUCUAGGUGAAAAUAUGGUUACUGCGCUUAAAGUUGAAGAUCAGAUCAUCUUAGGCAAGCAAUACGUUCUAGUUGGCAGCGCUGGCACUGUUCGAUCUCAGACUGACACAGCUUAUGGUGCGAACUUUGAACUGCAGAGGAAGGAGGCAGAUUUUCCAAUUGGUCAGGUGCAGUCAACGUUGUCCAUGUCCGUGAUAAAGUGGAGAGGUGAUUUGGCUUUGGGGUUCAACAGUAUGGCGCAAUUUGCUGUGGGUCGUAAUUCGAAGGUAGCUGUUCGAGCAGGAAUCAAUAACAAGCUCAGUGGGCAAGUCACUGUGAAGACAAGCAGUUCAGACCAUCUCUCUCUUGCUCUUACUGCUAUAAUUCCAACUGCAAUUGCCAUCUACAGGAAGCUUUGGCCGGAUGCUGGCGAGAAGUACUCGAUCUAUUAAAUUUCUUUUUCAUAUCAGCAUUGCAUUUUUAGUUCAUUAGACUUUAUGAUGGCGUAUUAUCUUUGUCAUUUUAUUGAAUAAUGCUUCUGUUAAUUUCCCAUCUAUCUAGGGAUUCCUACUGUUAUGAGUUUAAAAAUCAAUUUUGCGUGAUUGAAUGUACUUUUUGCCAGAUGAAAAUCAAGAGGUUCGUGUUGCUUAAA